AAGAGAUGAGUUUUUCCCCGGGCGAGGUGUUUACUCAGUGGCUGCCUCUCUGGCCUCACCCUGCUCAGCACACACGCGCCGGACCUGGCGGCUCUCGCUGCUGUUUGCACCCAUGGCAACGUGUGAGGGACGGCUAUUGCAAAAGGCAGCAUGGCUCCUUCCUCCUCCUCUGCCACCCCAGCGCUGGUAAAAUGGGGUCUGGAAACCGGUCACGGGUGGUGGGGGACAGACUGGUGACAGCGUUGGGCUCUCCGGUUACAUCCCCGUGCCAUGCCAGUGCUCCGACCUGUCUCCUGUAAUCCAGCGCAGUGGCAGGGUUUAAUUAAUUAAUAAGGGUUGGAGGCAUGGGGAGCUGGUGGAAAGUGAUGCUGGGGGACGGAGAGCGGAGCAGCAGGAUCCCAUCCACCCCUGCCGCGGCAUUUGGCCGAGGAUUUGGGGACACUGGGGGUGCUGAGGUGCAGAGCAGGGACAUUUUCCGGAGCAGCAGGAGGAAACGGCACAUGAGAUGGAGGACAAAAUGGGGAGAUCUCCCCAGCUGGGGAGACGAUGCUGCAGUGUCAGAGGAAACUUGUAGCAAGACGGUUACAAGUUAAUAUGGCCCCGGCGAGGAAGAGGAGGAGGAAGGGGAGGCGGAGGUGCCUCCGCUCUCAGCUGGAGUGUCGCGGAGCCCUCCCCUGUGCUGCACGCGUGCUCCACGCUGCCCCAUGAAUUAUUUAAGUGCUUUUGCUUUCCGGCAUGAAAUAUUCAGCCUGCUGCCGAGGGAGCUGGGGGGGGAUCAGGGGGAGGUCAAGCACACCCCCUGGCGGGUACCUGGUGACGGGGACAGUCGGGGGUGAGGAUCUUUGGGUCAGGAAGAAAUCACACUGGGAUGGUGUCGGUGCUGGAUUCGGCUGCUGGGUUUGGCCCUCGGCUCCCCUGCCCUGCGGCGGCGUGGCCAGCACGCUGCAGUGCCCCGGCGCUGGCACGUGGCCGUCCCCAGGGGAGCCCAUGGCAGGGACUUGGUCUGUGUCACCGCGUCCCCACCUCGCGCAGGACGUCCAGAUGUCCCGACCUUCGGCCGAGCCCCCACGUGACCUCUCAGGGCUGCAAAACCACCCCCAAAACCUGCAAAGUGGGUGGACCCUCCCCCCCGCAAAAAGGGCUGUAACUGUCUCUGAACCUGUAAAAUGGGUGGAAAAAAAAACCCGAAAAGGGCUGUGACUGUCCCCAAAGCCACCGUUGGGACCACGGCCCCACCACGCUCUUCCGGAGCAGGGAGGAACUCGGUGAAAGCAUCACCCGCCUGCUCUUUUUCGGUGGAAGAAGUUGUUUUUUGAGGGCGUUUUCAUUAAAAAGAAGGAGGGCGGGGGGGGGAAACAACAAACCCUGAGCAGGGUUGGAAACUUCAGAGACAGGAAGGAAACGGGGUGGUUUAUUUCGGUCUCGAGUUUGCUCGUCGGGGCAAGACUUGCCUCUUCUGCGCACCCAUAGCAGCCCCUCCGUGAACAAUGGGGUCGCGGGGCCCUUCCCGGCAGGAAAACGGCUCGUUCCAGUGAAAUCUGGCAGUUGGUGCUGAGUCAGCAGGUGCUGGUGGGACAGAGCGUGGUGCGGAGGGUGCCGGGAUAACCGGCCUGGUGCUGAGCGGGAGCGAACGUGCCGGGAGGUGAGCUUGGGUUUCCUUGGGGCUUGCAGCGAGUGACCUGCGGAACAGCCCCCGGGCGCCGGAGAAGGAACAGGAGAUGGACACCUUCAGCACCAAGAACCUGGCCCUGCAGGCCCAGAAGAAGCUCUUGAGCAAGAUGGCUACUAAGACCAUAGCCAACGUCUUCAUUGAUGACACCAGCAGCGAGAUCUUGGAUGAGCUCUACCGGGCCACCAAGGAGUACACCCACAACCGCAAAGAGGCCCAGAAGAUCAUCAAAAACCUCAUCAAGAUCGUCAUGAAGUUGGGCGUGCUCUACCGUAAUGGGCAGUUCAACCCUGAGGAGCUGCUGGUGAUGGAGCGCUUCCGCAAGAAGGUGCAUACCUUGGCCAUGACAGCCGUCAGCUUCCACCAGAUAGACUUCACCUUCGACCGCAGGGUCAUGUCGGGUGUGCUGACGGAGUGCCGGGACCUGCUGCACCAGGCUGUCAACGGCCACCUGACAGCCAAAUCCCACUCCCGCAUCAACCAUGUCUUCAAUCACUUUGCGGACUACGAGUUCCUUUCGGCUCUCUACGGGCCGUCUGAGCCCUACCGCACCCACCUGAAGAGGAUCUGUGAAGGGGUCAACAAGAUGCUGGAGGAGGACAACAUAUGAAGUUGGCCAAGAUGGGCCAUUGGCAGUGACUGCUGGACUCUGCCUCCUGUGAGACCGAAGACAGAAUGUAUGCCUGUUUUGACCAUCACCAGGCUCCACGUCCUCUUCUCUUCUGUAGUGCUAACUCAUUUUCUCAUUAUUUCUACAAAAGACUGAACCUCUUGACUUUGUCUAACCCUUGCCCAGGGUCUGCAUGCCCCUCCCUGUGCUGGGCUGAGUCCUUUCCAGGUGAUGGUGGCCUUCUGGGCUCCUGCUGCACAGUUUGAUUUCCUUUGCCCACCAAGUGCUCUUAGCCCAGAGUCCAAGAGACUGGACUCCUCACCUUGAACUCUAUCGUAACCCUCCUGGGGGAAAACCAAACCAAAGACUCGCCGUGUGUAACGCCUCUAAGGUGUCUCUGAGCAGGUGGGCAGUUGCUUGGGUGAACAGUUGUGUGACCCCAAUACCCUAGGGUUGUGGAGCCCCGUGGUUGUCUUUCAGCAGCUCCAUGACAUGGUGGGAACAAAUCAUGGUCCAGGCUUGUGCUGCCCAGGGUAGGAAUGGGCUUUGGCCUCCUAAAAGACAAGCCUUGAGACCAGAAGGAUCCCACCUCACCUGGGCGAGCGGGUGUCCCUCAGGCAGGGAGGGAGCUGGAGGGACACCCGUUCAUCCAAGACCCAACUCCCCCCACCAGCCUCCUGUGACAGUCCCACUGGGAUGGCUCCGGCGCCUUCCUCGGUGGUUGUCCAAAGCUCUCCCUAGGAUUUCAUACGUUUUAUGUGUCCUCGACUGAGUUAUGGUUGUUAUUUUUUAGCAAACUCUGUAGCCCUGAUGAGUUAUUUAAAUAAACUCACCUGUUUGGCCUGGGUGCUCCACGCGGUUGCUACAAAGG